GGAUAGCACCAGCGACAUGUAACUUCCCGAGCCUGGCAGUGUAUAUGUAUCUAACCUAGGGACCUAGGUACCUUUCAGAACAUUUCAUGGCGUUACUGCAACAUCCUUACAUUAUAGGUAUUGGAAUCGAGCGCAUUCAUGUGGGGGUUUUACGAUCUGCUUGCCCACAUAGGUACAUAGGUAGGUACCUAGGCGAGGUACUUUACCUACUAGGUAGUACAUAUGUAGUUCCCUAGGAACAAAUCAUCCAACUCUUACUUGCCUGUUGGUUUUUGGUGCCUACCUAGGUAGGUGCCUUUCCUUUUCUGCCCAAAUAUUUCCUCCGUUACCAAAAACCAACCCUCUCUUUCUUUUCUCAAUACAUACCAAGAACAGUCAAUAAUUUAGCAGUAACUUUCGGAAGGGGCAAGGCCCUUCAAACCCCAACACAUCAUGUCGCAAGAAAACGACAACGAUGACCUCGGUGAAUUACACUUGGAAGACCCCGGCUCGGUAAUUAUGUGGUUUGGACGACACCAAGGAAUGCGACUUGAUGAACUUGAUGACAAUUAUCGAUGGACUAUCGUCCGAAUGGCCCGAGAGAACCCGUCUGACAAUGGGGACAUGUUCAAGAUACUGCAUGAUGCCUAUUGCAGAUGGUUGGACGAGAGACAAGAUCCAUUCUCCACCAAGGUAUGGUUUGGAAUUUCCAAAGGCCUAGAGAUACGAGUUCUAUAUACUAGAUCGCGGAGAUGGACCUGGUUGGUAAACAACACGGUAUGGGGUCCCGAACUCAAGGACCUUGAGCGGCGGCAUCGAGCCUACCGAAGACGGGCGCUCACUCGCCAGGCUCGUCCGGUAAUCAUGAAUCCAGUGGGGAUGAGGCUUGGCUGGCGCGAUGACCUACCCGCAUUAGACAACGAUGAGGACUAUGACCCAGAUGACGGCUUCGUGAUGCAAAGUGACGAUGAGAUUGAAUACGACGACGGUUACGAGGGCCCGGAAGAGCCACUGUCUAGUGAAGAGGAGGAAACGGGCGAGGCAAUUAAAGACAACAUAUCGGCCAACCGUUCUCAAGAUCACGAUGAUCCUGAGGCCAACGACUCAGACAGUUCAUUGCCGUCUCUAGACGAGAUCAUACGAUCUGUGAAAUCUACACAAAGACGCAACGAUAGCCUACUCAGCCCCAAAACGCCGUUGGCUACACCCUCUCGAGCCCCCCGAGCUUCUCGAGCUUUCCUCACGACCCCCGUCAGCAAUCCCCGAUCCGCCAAGCGUGGGCAUGUCACCGACAGCUCAGACGAAGACGAACCAGACUCCCCGUCCAUCAAGAGAACUAAAUCCACUCCUCGGCGUACUUCCAAGGCUCGUGGCACUAAUAGCCGGCAAUCGCUGUUUGAAAGAUCUUCCAGCGGCAAAGGGGUGGCCCCCAUGACUCCAACUCAAUUUCAGAUCAUCACAGUUUCAUCUGAUUCAGACGAUCAUCAAGUCAAUGAGGCUCGUGCAAAGACCCCCCAGUCCUGUCUUGCCAGAAUGCGAAUAAUCGACCCUGACGACGGACCUCUGGUUCCUAAGAUACGAGCCGAUAUGAGCGCAAAGCGCUCGCUAACCUGAAGGUGUUAGAAUACACAUUUGGGAGAGAAUUGGUGUGUCAAAGCUG